AUAAUUAUCAACAGCAUCUCUUGUCCCUUUACGGUGUUGCUGAACGUAUUGGUCAUAAUGGCGGUAAAGAAGCGUCCAAGCCUACAGAGCAACACAAACAUCCUGCUUUCUUGUUUAGCGGUAACUGAUCUGUUGACUGGUUUAAUAGUGCAACCAUCGUUCGUCGCUUGGAAAAGCUUUUACGUUCUAAAAAACGUCAACGUUACUGCAUUCGUGGAGGUUCAGAACUACUUUUUACGCUUUCUUACAAUUAGUUCAUCUCUUCAUUUGAUGUUAGCAACUUGCGAGAGGUUGCUAGCCGUUAAAUAUACAAACUAUUAUUCAUACAUAGUCAGAAAGCGAAACAUUAAGGUAUCGGUUCUUGCAGUUUGGUCCUUUUCAUUUAUAAUUGGAGUAUUAAGUUUCGUAAAAUCCGACAUUUCAAAAUAUUCAAUGAAAACUUUGCAUUUCUUUGCGCUGUCUUUCAGUAUUAUGUUUAUUGUUGUAACUUACAUUAUUUUGUAUCGCGAAACUCUUCGCCAUCGAAAAAGGAUCAGAACUCAACAGCUUCCACAAACUGAAAUUGAAAGAUUCGUAAAAGAAAACAAAGCGCUGAAGACAACUGUACUUGUGGUUGGUGCCGUCCUGUUAUGUUUCUUACCCAUGACUGUAUAUCAGCUCUUAACAACAGUAUUAUCCAAGCAAAAUCAACUCCUCCUUUUUGCUUCUGGAGAAAUGAGGGAAAUUCUUAAUAUCGUGAUUCGAACGCCUGGCAUGUUAAACUCUCUUGUGAAUCCACUGAUUUACUGUAUGCGCCAGAAAGAAAUGAGAAAGUUUGUAUUUAGUUUGCGGUUUUCCCACGCCAUUAACCCUGUAAACUAAGACAACAAGUAGUUUGUCUGUGUGUAAAUUGAUACGAACUGUGAAAAAUAAAUGUUAAGGUUUGCAUAACAGAGCAGAGAUUUUGGCAUAUUAAACCACAUGGUUCAAAAAUUAUACUGAACCAUUCUGGUUACCGCCAUAAUGAAAACUAUCUCCAUCAGAGCAUUUUGUCAAUGACAUAUUCCAUUUUCGCUAAAUCUAACGUAUCCUUGGCUCGGAGACCCAGGGGAAGAUACGGUGGAUCUUCCUUAAAGACAGAAAUACUGACCCUAGAAAUCAGUAACCUACUAAAGAGACCUAGAACUUCGCAAAGUGGUGUAGUGGAGGAUUUGAUGAUGUAUAUACCAGGAACCAGGUUAUUUCAGAUUUCGGCUUCUGUGUAUACGUAGAAUGGAAGAAUUCUUCUACUGUAAUCCACCUUCAUGCAUAGUGGUUUUUUUUUGCUGUAAACAUGCGACUUUUUUCGCUUGCUGUGAGAGUUUUUUCCCUCAAAAGGUAAAGAGAUGCAGAAGGCUCCUAAAGUUAAGUAGGGAUUUGAAACUUACAGUUUAUUAGUUUAAAUUUAAUUGUUUUUAUUAUAAGUAUUAAAACGGAGGCAUCGCUUUUAGCCCUGGCUAAAUCUAUAUUAAACAUUACACAGCUAUAGACACUUCGUCCUUACAGAGUCAUGAACCUGGUCUGUCCGGACAGGUCUUCCCAGUUCCUAGUCUUGACGAUCAUUCAUUUUGCUUAGCACUAUUUCAAAUGCCUUUAAUGGCAAUUAUCCCAACUGCUCAAUUUAUCUUUUGUCAAACGCCCGGGGAAUUCUCGUGGAAUCGAAAUUUUACGGACCCCAAGCAAGUUUAGACUGAAAAACAGAGAGUAAAUUUUACAUGCAUCCUCCAUGAAACGUUGUCAUAUUAGCGCAGUCAUGCCGUGACAGAAAAGAAAAUAUACCCAGAAAGUGCGAUAGACGCACUCAGAGUCUUCGUUUUUCUUUUUAAUUUGUUUAAACGUUAUUAAAACUGUAUCGGUUUGAUUAUUUUGGCUAUUUACAUCUGACUGGAUUUGUUAAAACGUGGCUAAAGAAAUUUCAAGUUCAUUUUAACUAUUUGACAUCUAAGUGGAAUGGGAAGUAGUUAAAAGUCACAAGCUGAAGCUAAACAAUGACAGCAUUAUUGCUGGCAAUAGACGGUAAAGUUCUCUCGCAGAAGUAACACGGCAGGUACAAAACACAGGUCACAGGUCACAGGUCAGGUCACAGGGCACAGGGCACAGGUCACAGGUCACAGGGCACAGGGCACAGGGCACAGGGCACAGGUUACAGGGCACAGGUUACAGGGCACAGGGCACAGGGCACAGGGCACAGGUCAUAGGGCACAGAAAACGCAGUAAAAACAGUUAAGACACUCCAUUAGGCUUUUUUGUUUUAUUUCCGGUUACGCCACAAUCAGGCAUAUGCUUGCCAUCGACCAUGCUUUCCGGUUUUGUACUGAGAGUAUAAAAAACUUUCAAAUUAUGCAAACGGUCUUGGUCUAAAAGGUGUCACUAUAUCGUAACUACGGCUAGAAUCAUACCAUGUUUCCAUUCCUCAACUUAAUGACAAUGUACGCAGCAACAAACCGAAAUCGGCAAUUCACGAUUGCAGCACAGUCGAUAGUUAGCGAAGUAGACGUGUGUUGAUAAUUCACUAAGUUAUUUUCAGUUCUUCAGUGGAACUGAGGCCAAAAUAACUUGUCAGCAAGUGCUGUUUUCUUACCUCGAAACUCUGGUCUUCCGCCAUGUUGCUUUCUGCACAGACGAGGCUAUUUUCCGUUCCAUUCUCCUCUCAGAGCCUCGUUCCAAGUCCGCUCGCGUGGAGCGAAGAAAAAGCCUCGUUUCGAGAUCUCCAGAGAAGGAACUCCUCAAGUUCCAAUACAAUGUGUAACUUUAGCCAUUUACUUGUUCAACCCUCAGUACAAAACCGGAAAGCAUGGUCGAUGGCAAGCAUAUGCCUGAUUGUGGCGUAACCGGAAAUAAAACAAAAAAGCCUAAUGGAGUGUCUUAACUGUUUUUACUGCGUUUUCUGUGCCCUAUGACCUGUGCCCUGUGCCCUGUAACCUGUGCCCUGUGCCCAGUGCCCUGUGCCCUGUGACCUGUGCCCUGUGCCCUGUGACCUGACCUGUGACCUGUGACCUGUGUUUUGUACCUGCCGGAAGUAACAGGAUUUUGCGAUGAAAUAAACAACCCUUGCAACGCCCAGAAAUUGUAAUCUUUUAGUCAGUCAAACCGUGAGGCCCACAGCUCAGUGUCGGCCGAAAACAGAUUAAGAAUCCACAAUCUUUAAGCACAUAAUAGGCUUUCUAAGAGAAAUCACCUAAACUAAACACUCACGAAGCGUUUUUAUGCUUGGCACAAAAGAUUCUGGUAACACGAGCUCAACCGCACAUACCUGAGAUUUGUCUGCCUUGUCUGUCAACACUUUCGGUAAAUCACACAAUAAAUGACUUUCGCGGCAAUCCCAACACUUUCGAAAACCACUCAUAAUACUUCCACACUCAACAGGGCAAAACAUCGUCAAAUUACUCCGUAAAACUCUCGCUUUCUCCACGUAAAUCGUCACAUGGAACUUUUCGCGACUCAUAGACAGUCGAUUUAUUCAAAAUCCCGCAUGUAAACCAGCGGUUGAAAAGGAGACAUACAGCCCCCGCCUUCAAACAAUUUUUUACUAAGUGUUUGGCCUGGUCAGAAAUCAGCAUGAAUUUCCAUCUUGCCGAAUAGAUUUCAACCCUAGAACUUAGAGAUAUAAAAAAGUCAAUAGGCUAUUUGCCCGAUAACGAUUUUGACAAAAAAUUUCCGCAAGCGCUUGUCGGAAGAAAAAAAAAUGCAUGCAGCACAAAUGUAAUAGAGAGCUUAUGGGAAAAAAAGGGAAAAAAAUAUCCUGCCCACCAUAUUGCUAGAAAAAAAAAUUCUUGAUGACCAGAAAUCACCCACCCCCACCCUCAAGAGUUAAAUGGUCGGCCCCUAAUAUGCACAAGAAAGCAAAACCCUGAAGGAUUCUGGUAGUAGUAGUAAAAUGAUGUCAUCGGCCAAACGGCCUAUCAAACAGAAUACAAUCUAAUCGUUCGUACUUGCGCUAUAGCAUCCAUAAAACAUAAAUACCAUUGUUAUUCAUUUAGAAUAUUUCUCCGCUUCUGAUUGGCUCAAAUGUCUUCAUAACCAGCUAGCAUUGUUCAAAUUUGGACGACGAUGCGAUAUUCGAUGAAAAUGACAUCAAACGGAGCAGGAUUACUUAACUGCAGAAAAAGGCAUAGCAACGGAGAAGCACUGGAAAAAGGGUUGCUUUAGCUCAGCUGCUUUAGUAUUGAGGUAGAAAAAAUGGCGGAAAAUGUCACUCGUUUUGCUAAGAUGAUUAGCCGAACUAGACCGAACUACUGCUUAAAAAAUAUAGCAAGACCAGCAAAAAAUAAUACAACUCGACGGAUGACAACUGCCAUUUAAAGAAUAUCUGCUAGCUGACUCAAGACUCACUACAAACAUCCCUUUAAGUCCAGAAUUUGCCCCGGCCGUAACAGGCAAAUCAAGACAGGUUUUUUACAUUGAUCGAAGUAAGCAAGUUUAUUAAGUAUGAAUUCUUUAAAAUGAAUAAUAGAACAAUUAUUGAAUCGGUUGAUUAUCAUACGUUUCUGGGAAACUGCCCACCUACCCUUCCCCUAAGCCAACAUUUUACGCUAAGUGAGAAGUAAGUGUUAAUGUUGGCUUAGGAGAGGGGUAGGUGGGCGGUAUAAUGAUCCGAAUCGGUUUUUUCAUUAUCUGAAGAAUAGCCCAUUUUACAGUUACAGGUGAAAACGAGGCGGGAGUUGACCUUGUUUUGAUACAAACCUUCUUGCUUUAUUAUGUAAAUCAAGUUUUUCGUAUGCUAACCGCGAAUUUUUUAGAAUAAUUUCCAUAAGAAAAGGAAAGAGGUUUGUAUCAAAACAAGGUCACUCUUAGCCUCGCGUCUUCUCAAAGGCUAGGAUACUAAGCCCACAACUGCUCGGAAGUUGCACUCAGCGUGAUUCAAUAAUUACGUACUAAGUAUUUUUCCUUCCUUGUUCAUAAUAUAACCCUAGCCUCCCACGUAGACAAUCUUUUGGCUCGAAACACACAUCCUCCCCGGCUAAGAACGUUUGCGUGGGAGGCUAUUUAAUAAUUUUUCCUUGAGCCCUCAUGGGCUAUGAGUCAAUAGCCCAUGAGGGCGAAGGCGAGAGGAAAAAUUGUUUUAGUAAAAUCCAACUAGUUGGUAAAAAAUAUCGAGACAAAACAACUUUAGCUACCUAGAGCUAGACUUUAAUCAUUUUUUGCCUACCAAAUUGUCGGCGCUUUUCGCUACCAGUGGGCUAUAAUAUAUAGCCUAGUAGUAGCUCAACCAAUCAGAACGCCUGGCAACAUGAUAAUAGACCACUAGCUAAAUUUUACUAAUAUCAAAUAUAUCGUAUCUGUAACAAUUUAUUGGUAUGCUAAUGCUUUUCCCUCUGACCGAAACGUUUUCCCCCGGCUUAUAAAUUGCGUUGCCUUUUUUCCCUCAGAGCGUUUUUGUUUGUUUAUGAAAAAUCAUACCAAUAGAUUUUAUGCAUGAUUUAUUUUUUUAUAACGAUGAUCAAACGCCUUGAAGUCAUAAGCGAGGACGUUUAAAGAAUGGAUGAUCCUUUGCCUCUUAAUUUAUUUGCAAGAAAGCUUUUGAAUUACGAAUUAUGAAGUCGAACUAUCUAAAGCAAACCUAGGGUUAGAUGUCCCCCUUAACCAUUAGGUUUUUCGUGAAUCAAUACGCAGGCAAAACGAGGAUGCUGCCAUCAGUCGUUUUGAUCAUGUAGACAUAAGUUAUACCCCGGUAUACUUCGAAAAGGCACACGUACGCACGUUUAAUGCAAAUACAAUUUGGACACUAAUACAAAACGGCGAAUACAGCUGUUAAGUUAAUAUAUAUUGAAAAAUAUUCAAUGUUUCCAUAAAAUGGGCGAGAAAAUCGAUAAAAAAAUGAGUGACUGAGCCCACGUGCUCGGAUCAAAAAGACAAGAAAGGUAAAACAAUAAUUCGAAAACUUAAGGGAAUAAAAUGAGAAAAGAUGCGUAGUCAAUAUUAAUUUAUUUCCUAAAAAGAGACAGAAAAUGCAUAAAUUGAGUUGCCGCACCGUCCCGGUGCUGACCAAAACCAACAAAAUUUCUUAUCAUAAGUUCUCACUGUUGAUUCAGUGGUCGGCUGAGUUGAAAAAGGUCGUCAUAACGUUUCCUGAUCAAACUUUGUCACUCAUUUUGGUUUCACAUUUUCAGAAUAACAUAGGAUCGGAUCAAACUGAAGUGGCUGUUCUUCCUAAGAAAGGAAGAGCAAGAAUCAUUGGUUUAUCAUCGUCAUUAACAAUAAUUCAGAGAAACAGCUGCUUCAGGAAGUCUCCCGUAUAGCCACCCAUUCUAAUUUCAAUUUACAAAAUUAAUACCACCAACACCAUUUUGAAUGUUGCCUCCAUGGAAAACGAGACACAAAGCGUCCAAGUCAACUAUAUUUUGACCGUUGGCCACAUUAUUAUCAACGGCAUCGCUUGUCCCUUCACCGUUCUGUUAAACGUGUUGGUCAUCCUGGUGGUAAAGAGGCGACCAAGCCUACAGAGCAACACAAACAUCCUGCUUUCCUGUUUAGCGGUAACUGAUUUGUUGACUGGUCUCAUAGCGCAACCAUCAUUCGUUGUUUGGAAAACUUUGAAUGUUCUUAAAAACAUCAACUUUACUGCAGUCAAAGAGGUUCACAAAUAUUUUUUUCGUGCUUUUAUCAUAAGUUCAUCACUCCAUUUAAUGUUAGUAAAUUGCGAGAGGCUGUUGGCGAUUAAAUAUACAAACCAUUAUUUAUACAUAGCCACAAGGCGAAAUAUUAAGGUAUCGGUCGUUUUAUCAUGGUUCUUUUCUUUCAUCAUUAGCGGAUUGAGGUAUAUAAAAUAUGAUAUUUCAAGGUAUGUAAUGAAAACUUUGCAUUUUCUUGCGAUAUCUUUUAGUGUUGUUUUUAUUGUAGUAGCUUACAUUAUUUUGUAUCUUGAAACUCUUCGUCACCGAAAGAAAAUCAGAACUCAGCAGCUUCCACAACAGGAAAUUGAAAGAUUCGUUAAAGAAAACAAAGCGCUGAAGACAACUGUACUUGUUGUAGGUGCCGUGGUGCUGUGUUUUCUACCGAUGGCCGUGUAUCAGCUGUUAACAACAUUGUCGUCGAGAGGAAAUAAAAAACUUCUUUAUGACACCGAACUGGUGGAGCGUCUGACUCUCAUGGUUCGCACGGCUGGUAUGUUAAACUCUCUUGUAAAUCCAUUGAUUUAUUGUAUGCGUCAGAAAGAACUGAGAAAGUUUGUAUCAAGAUUACUUUAA